AUGUUACAUUUUCGGUUUUCGCGUCUAUCCUAUCAAUGGCAAUCACUUAUGAUGAUAGAUAACGCAUUGCCGAUUUUCAACAUAGUCGGUUUUGCAACUGAUUAUGUUGAACCCAACCAAAGUCUAAUUGAGACAUUGACAAUACUGCAAACACGCCAGGAUUCAAAUGGAAUUAGCACAUAUGUCCUUGAUGCAACUUUAGUUAAAGGAACAAAACUGUUAAUAGAGGAAGGAAUAAAGAAGGCAAGCAUGACCGGCGACGAGAAGCACUGGGAGUCCGAAGCUCUCUCUCUGAGGAGAGUCGCCUUCGUUGGCGUUGCCCUCUCCACCGCGGCCACUCUCGUCUGCAUCAUCUCUGUACCGAUGCUCUACAACUACAUGCAACACAUGCAGUCGGUCAUGCAGAACGAAGUUGAUUUCUGCAAAUCCCGCUCAGGAAAUAUCUGGAGAGAAGUGACUCGUACUCAGGCAAGUCACAACACCUUAAUAAUUAACUCGUAUUCAGUGCUCGUUCUCACCCAGGCCUCUACUAGAACACGUCGUCAAGCUGGUGGUGGUUGCUGC